CAUUAAACGCGUUAUAUGUGUCUUGCAAUUUGAUCCCGCGGCGCUCGGUGCGGUGCGCCGAUCGGAGAGUAAUUUACGCGAAUUCCUGGGCAUCCGGGUCUCCGUGCGGCCAGACUUCCUGGAUUCGCUCUCGCGCCCGAUGCCACCGUCGUCGGCGUCGGCGUCGUCUCGUCUCGUCUCGUCUCGUCUCGUCCUGUCUCGUCCCGUUGCUCCCGUUGCUCCCGUUGUCGCGCAGCACCCGACGACCGAUACUCGUCGAUCACCAGGAAGACGCGCACGCAGAUAUCGUCUCGUCGAUUCUUCGAGUAAAUAAAUGCAAGUUUCUGAGUAAUGCAGGGCAUGAUGCCAGUUAAGACGAAAUCACGUGUUCCCGAAAACAUGGGGGUCACAGGUGGACUGGUGGACGCCCGUGCUAAGCAAGUUUUGAGAGAAGCUGUGGACGCAGUCGUCAAUAGCUUUGCGAAACAUAGUCAAGGUUACGGCAGAGUAAAUGUCGUGGAGGCAUUGCAAGAAUUUUGGCAGAUGAAACAAGCUAGAGGAACAGAAUUGCGAAAUGGCGCAUUAGUUAUUUAUGAAUCCGUCCCUGGUGCCAACCCGCCGUACGUUUGCUACGUGACGCUUCCCGGAGGGUCCUGUUUCGGAAGCUUUCAAAACUGCCCCACAAAAGCGGAAGCGCGCAGAUCGGCCGCAAAAAUCGCGCUAAUGAAUUCUGUAUUCAAUGAACAUCCCUCGCGGAAAAUUACUGAUGAUUUCAUUGAAAAGGCUGUCGCGGAGGCAAGGGCUAGUUUCGCCAAACCUACAGCAACGUCAAACGGAGUCGGUAGCCAAGCACAAGGAAGCAGCGACGAGAAAGAAGAUCCAAACACGGGUAUAGGUGCGUUUCGUUUUAUGUUGGAAUGCAAUCGUGGAAGAACAAUGUUGGAGUUCCAAGAGCUAAUGACAGUCUUUCAAUUGCUUCAUUGGAAUGGUUCUUUAAAAGCCAUGAGAGAGAGGCAGUGCAGCAGGCAGGAAGUAGUCGCGCAUUACAGUCAUCGGGCGUUAGACGACGAUAUGCGUAGCCAAAUGGCAUUAGACUGGGUUGCUAGAGAACACGAGAGUGGCGGCGGAAUCGUGGCAAUGGAAUUGGCUUUAGCCGAGCGUGAACUCGAAACUGCGCGAUUAGCGGGACGAGAACUUAGAUUUCCAAAAGAGAAGAAAGAUAUACUGAUGCUCGCACACGCGCAGGUCUGUCCACAGUGAAUUCUAACGUGUGAACGUUGUCGAGACAAGUAACGCACAAGACUGGUCUUUCGCGAGGGAUGAGAGUUUUGAAAGAAAGAAAAAAAAACAAAGUAGUUUCUCGUAUAAAGAUUGUUUUACUUAAUUCUUUUUAAGGCCUAAUUUUACGGCACGAAAACUAUUCCGUCCUUUUUAUAAAGCGUAUUUCUUUAUAGAGCUUUUUUUUUAUAAAGCAUUCCUGGUGAUAAUAGAUCGUAAAUGGGAUAUUUUGAGAUACAUAGAAGUACACUAAGCAUUAUAUGUCAUCACAGUAAGAGCUAUCAAGGUAUACUAUGCAUUAUAUAGAACACUCGCAUCUUUACAUAUCGCACAAAUUUAUUCAUAUGUGUAUAUAUUUCGGGACGCAAGGCUUUGUCUUCCAUUAUCUAUAUUUCGAAGUAAGACUUACUUAAUCAUCAAAGUACAACUCUAUAAGAAAUCAGCAGACGUAAUUUUGCAAUGUAUUCGGAAUUGAGGAAAAAAUGUGUUCGCGCGCGCGCGCGUGUGAUAUUCACAGUAAUAAUAAACUGUAAACAUUUUUAAGAUAACGAUUAUACAAACAGGGUAGGUAUAUAUAAAAAAAAACGAUACCGUUAAUUUUGAUCAUCUGCAGAAAUGACGCUCUGUAAUCUUGAAGCAAUUUGCGUUACACAAGUUAAAAAUAGAAGCAGAAAAUCGCUACACGCCAAGAGGUUCUUUAGGUGAAAAGGUUUUUCAUAUUGCAAGUUAGACACUUGCCUCUGUCACUAUAUCACGCUUGUCUCAAGUUAUAUUCUGAAGAAACAGACUUACAUCAUUACUCAUUCAUAUUGCUGUUAUAAAUCAGUAUGUUUUAUAUAUGCCAAGUUGAAAGUGAGUCCAUCACUUUCAGUUGAAUAGGAUACAGUUUAUAAUUGUUUUAUAAAUAGUUUAUUAUUAUUAAAUAAUGAUACAUCUUUUUAA